UGUUUCUUUAUUAUCUCAUUUUCUUUCUCUAUUCUACGAAAUGACCGCACAAUAUAACUUGUGAACAAAAGCUCCAAUAAUAACAACAAUCAUGGAGUUUCAUGAUCAUUUUUCUCAAGAAUUAGCUCUACAACAACACCAACAACAAAACGUCGAUGACGACGUUUCGGAUCAGUCGAUGAAUUUCAACGUAAAGCUAAGUCAACAAUAUAGGGACGAUGUCAAUAACAACGAGCACAACAACAACAACAAUAAUAGUAACGUUUGGGAUCAGAGCGAGAAAUAUAAAGCGGAUAUUUUGAACCAUCAUUUAUCAGAACAGCUUCUUUCUGCACACGUGGCUUGCCUGAGAAUCGCAACUCCGGUGGACCAGUUACCGAGGAUCGACGAGCAGUUGACGGAGUCACAAAAUUUGGUGGCAAAAUAUUAUGUUGUUGGUCAAAGUCAACGGUCUCUUGAUGAUAAAGAACUUGAUCAAUUUAUGGCACAUUAUGUUCUAUUGCUCUCUUCUUUUAAAGAACAACUGCAACAACAUGUUCGUGUCCAUGCAAUGGAAGCUGUCAUGGCUUGUUGGGAUCUUGAUCAAUCUCUACAAAAUUUAACAGGGGUAGCAUCAGGAGAAGGUACAGGUGCAACCAUGUCAGAUGAUGAUGAAGAUAAUCAAGUAGAAAGUGAGACAUAUUGUCAUUAUAAUGGAAUUUUAGAUGGACAAGAGAGUAAUGGUUUUGGUCCUCUUGUACCUACUGAAAAUGAAAGAUUUUUAAUGGAACGUGUGAGGCAAGAAUUGAAACAAGAGUUCAAACAGGAUUACAAGGGGAAGAUUGUUGACAUUAGAGAAGAAAUUUUAAGAAAAAGAAGAGCAGGAAAGCUGCCUGGUGACACUACUUCUGCCUUAAAAGCUUGGUGGAAAUCACAUUCUAAGUGGCCUUAUCCCACAGAGGAAGAUAAAGCAAAAUUAGUGAAAGAUACAGGAUUGCAAUUAAAACAAGUCAAUAAUUGGUUCAUUAACCAAAGGAAAAGAAAUUGGCACUCUACUCCAUCAUCAUCUUCUACACAGAAAAGCAAACGCAAAAGUGCAGGUGAAAAAUCAAGAAAUGAUCACUUUACAUGACAGGGAGAAGUGGGCAUAUCAUGUAUUAAGUGGAACUUGAAAGAAUACGUUUGAUACGACGAAAGUCAUUUUCUGUUAUGUAAAAUACUUUCGAUGUUCGAUUAGUGAAACGGAUUUUCAACUUAUAAGUUGCGAGUGCAUGUUCAUUCAAUGUCUCAAAUUUAGACUUAAUAUGUAUAUAUACAAAAGUCGGAUGAACUUAAAGUGUUAGAUUUUGAUUUAAAAUGGUUGUUGUUUUGAUGUGCUAUACUUUUGUCUAUAGGAAAUCUAAUAUUUGAAGCUCUUUAGAUUUUUAUAGCGAUCUCAAACUUUUAGUAAUAACUGAGUUUAUAGUAAUUAAAUAUUCAGAAAAUUUCUUAGUAUAUAAACUAUAAAGUCUGAAUAAAAGUUACUAGGGUUCACAAUUUCACAUGAAUCAAUAAAUAACCCUCUAGCUCUGUCCAAUCAAAGACACAUCCAUGGAUUUAAACUUCAUGAGCUCGAAUCGAGAUUCCACCACAACUCUUCUAAUUUAUUGGAACGAAAAAUUCAUUGUUUAUACAUAUUUGAUGAAAAUUUAUUUAUAUAGAAUCCAAGUAAAAGCUUUCGAAUGAUAAGUACUCCUUUUAUCUUUUAUUUUUAAUAGGGAGUAUUUUACCCUUAAUAUAUAAGUUGUGUCACAAAUUCAAAUUUAAUCGAACUUCAAUACCAAAGUGGAAAACAAUAAAAGAGAAGAUAGUACUCUAAUUAUAUUAAUAACAUUUUCAAUGCUACUUUUAAAAUAAAAAAGUGUCACAAACCAUUUUUGCUCUGUUUUUGAGCAAUAACAGGGACAGCGAACCUAGCUGAGAAAUUACACAAAAGUCCAUCUUCUUCCCCACGAGCUCCAUCAUCAAAAUUCAGAGCAUAACUCUGAGCAUCAUACUGAAAUUGAGCUUUCGAUUUCUUCGAAUUACGAUUCAUUUUUCUUAAUAAAUUCUUCAAUAUCACCAGCCAUGACUCUCUGUGCUCUGUUUCAUGAUCUUGUAGGAGAGAUCUGCUGUGAACUUCAUUAUCUUUGCCCCAAUUGAAACAGGAUAACUUUAAACAACUACACAAUCCACAUCCAGUUGGAGAAGAUGAUGAAUCGUAGUAGUAAUUAGGAAUUUUGGUUUCUUGUUUGGAAUCGGUAAUGGGAAUAUAACUAUUCAUGGUACUCUUGUUUUUUCUUCUUACUCAGAAGUUUCGAGUUCAAAUUCUAAUUUCGAGCACUGAAUGAGAAAUCAAAAAUAUGUAUGUAAGGUGUGUGAA